AUGAAUUCCGAUUAUGUUAAUAAGUAUAAACAAUAUGUCGAACCAAGUUAUUCAGCAAGGCAUACGACGUCGUCAAGCGGAAGCACAUACAGGCAAGGGGCUCGAAAUCCGUAUGAUCAAGAACUUGAAGUUUCAGGGGAGAGAAUAGAGAGAGAAAUAGCAGAUAAUGAACGUUGGGAGGUUCACCACAUUGUUUCAAAAAGAUACACGAAUGGGAGACCAGAAUUUCUCGUUUAUUGGAAAGGAUACUCAAAGCCCUCUUGGGAACCAGCUGAAGUUCUGGAUAAUUGCCAAGACGAAUCAGAGUCGACCAAAUUUGACACACGAGAAGAAAUUAAGAAGAUCGAUCAUCGACUUCGCAAAAGCUAUCAUAAUAUCAGAUUUGAUGAUUCAAUUUAUGAAAGGGUUGUAUUGGGAGAUUCAAGUCCAUUACAUACAGGACCAAAAAUUGAACAAUUACAUUUCGAUGAGUUCGAUGAGGAUUUCGACUUGUUAGUUACAAUAAUAUAUAAAAUCAAGUUAUUAAAGAAUAGGAAAGCUAUUUGUGCUACCAUCAAUAAUUCUAAAA